AUAAUGAUUUUUAAAAAUUAUUUCUUAUCUUUAAACAGUUAGAGGUCAUAUGAUAUUAGAUAUUAUUAGAGUUUAAGGUUUUAACGUAAGUUAGGAAGUUUUAUUAACUAUGUCUGACAAUUUGCCAGUUAAAACCUGCGAUUGCGGUUCAAACUGUAGUUUGGAUUUGAAAACUCCAAGAAAUGUAUAUCUUUCCGCUUUUUAUAAAAGGAGUUUUGCGUUCUACACGGUUAAACAUCGAAUGCCAGUGAUCUUAACAAACCUAAUAGACAAUUUAGUGAGACAUAAAUCAGAAAUUAAAGAAAAAUAUGGAAAUGAAGCUGUAGAUGAGUUGAAAACAAUUAUAGGAGAAAUAUCAGAGUUUAAAUAUGAGGUCCAAACAAAUAAACCAUUAAAAUUAUUAAUUGGCAAUGCUCCAGAUGUAAACAUUUAUAAUGAAUAUAUUAAGAAGCAAAGUGUUGCUGAAGGACAUACUACUCAUUUUCAUACUAUCUGGCUGUUAACGGAAUGUUACAUGUAUAGAAGGAUAAAACAGAUAUUUGAAACAAAACCCCAUCUUAAGGAAUAUGAUUAUUUUGAACAACAGAAGCAGGAUGCAUACACAGGAGCCAUUCAAUUAAUAGAAAAUAUGAGUGAACAUGUCUUACAUGUUCUUAACAAUAAAAACCCAGCAGACCAAAAUGAAUUUAUUCACAUGUUAAAACUCAAUUUAUGGGGAAACAAAUGUGAUUUGUCUUUAUCAUUAGGAAAAGCAAGUGAUAUGUCAUCGCUUUUUGAUACUGCUGCUUUAGAUCCUUACAUUUUGUGUGACCAUUCCAAACAAAUUUGGGAAGGCAUAUCGACAGAUAAAAGUUCUGAUAUUAUAGAUAUUGUUUUUGAUAACUCUGGCUAUGAAGUAUUCACUGACUUAUGUGUAGCAGAUUACAUAAUAACAAAAGGUUUAGCAAAAUCAAUGCGAUUGUAUGUAAAAACUAUACCUUGGUUCAUAUCAGACGUCAUGGAGCAUGAUUUUUAUUGGACAAUAAACCAAUUAAAAGCUAGCGAAAAUCAUAAUCUACAAGUAUUAGGACAAAGGUGGUCCAAAUAUGUUGAAGAUGGAAUAUGGACAAUAGUCGCUUCAAAUUUUUGGACACUACCAUAUGAUUUUACCUACAUGGCAGAUGUAGAUCCACAGUUGUACAAGAAAUUAGGGGAAGCUAAAGCAGUAUUUUUCAAAGGGGAUUUGAAUUAUAGAAAAUUGUUUGGGGAAAAAAACUGGGAUCCAACAACUUCUGUCGACACAGGUUUACAAUCAUUUCACCCAUCAAAGUUGUGUAUAAUUCGAACUAUCAAAGCUGAUAUUGUUGUUGGUAUUCCUAAUGGCAUCGCGGAGGAAAUCGAAGCAAAGGAUCCUAAAUGGAUGCACAAUGGAGAAUAUGGAGUUAUACAAUUUUCAAAAAACAAAGUUGCUAUUCAAUCGUUAUAAGUGUUAGGUAAAAAGUCUAAAAAAAUGUAUAAUAUGAUAUUGCUCGAAUUAAUAUUUUAAAUGAAAUAAUGUUUUUCUUAGCCUAAUGUGAUGUAUACAGGGUGAUCAACUUUUGUGACGAAGUCUGUUAUAUCUGUUAUUAUAGGAGAUACCAAAACUAUUCACAAAAACAGGGUCUUCCAUAACAUUGUACUACAUUAACCCUUAAUGACCAAAUUUAUAUAAAAAAAUUUAAAUACUCUAAUGUUAUUAAAAAUGGCGAAAUCAAGAAAUUGUAGUAAUGAAAAGUUCAAAAAAUGUUAUUGGGAUAUUUUAGGGGGAUUGAUGCAAAUUCGAUACUAUUGUCAUCAAAGCUUUGAAUUUAUUAAUCAAAAUACAUACUGUUUUUUAAUCCAUAGUGCAUAUAAUUAUUCUGUAUGAAAUUGUUUAAAACAAUUUAAAUGUUUAUUUAGAUAUAUUUACAUUACCAUUUCCACAAGUCUAAUUGGUUUGACUUCCAUUAUUUUGUUUCUUGCAUCUUUGAUUACAGGCCAGUCACAACUCCAUAUGUUAUAAUAUUUUACGAAGUAAGUAGUGAAGUUGAAUCUCUCUUCUUCUUUUUUCAUAAUCGUUUUAUAACGGUCCAGUACACAGUUGACUUCUUUUGUGAAUACCUAUAUAUUUUCCCUCCCAACACAACAAUUCUACUAUUUUAGUGCGGAAUUUGAGCAGAUCCGUGUGUUGCUUUUUUCCCACUCCCAAAGAAUUACAGUUGCGUAGGUAUAGGAGCCAAGCAUUGACAAUAGCAAUAUCUAUUAAGUGAGAAAUGAUAUAUGUAUAACCAUUUAUGUAAUAUUAACAGACUUUUUGUUAGUUUUGAUUCUCCCUGUAGUACAUUUAAAUGUAUACAAGGGUACAGGGGUUUUCAGACCUAAUUUACAAGAACGAGCCAUCUGCGAAAUAACACCAGAUGUGUGUGUGUGUGAGAUAAGGGACCUACAAUUCCAUCUACAAAAUCAGUCAAGUUUUAUCUCUCAAACCACACAUAUGUGUAUGCGUUUUGAGUUAAAAGUACCUGACACUUCGUUUGAGUGUUGUGACCGAGACAGUGGUUGAAUGCAGUAAGGUUGUAUUAUCAAUUUUGUGGUUCCUGUAUGUUGGUGAUAGCAGUUGGUGCUAUCAUUUCCUUGAGUAAGGUACAAUACGCCAUUUAUCAUGUUGCUGCAUAUAUCAAGUACAUUACUUGUUAUGGCAUAUAAAUUUCAUAUUUGUUUAGAACUGAAAUUCAAACCAGGAAAUCUAUUUACUCAUAUCGUCCCCAAAGCUUGAAAACCUUAUAUCGAAAGGUCCACAAGAAGUUUUAGAGACGAAAACCAAUUAUCAAAAUAAAUUAUGAGAUUUUUUCCUAAGGUCUAAUGUUAUUUCAAAAUAACAUUUUAAAUAGGUCCAAGUCUACAAUAUGUGGAGAUUUCUCAAUCUUACCAGUAAAUAUGUCAAAAACAUGUGCAAGUCCACUGCUACAACAAAUUAUGAAUAUUUUGUGACCCCAUUUAUGGUUUAUUGGGAAGAUAUUGCUUCAAACAUGAUUGUCCCUUGAACAGAACCAUCUGCUAGUCAACACUGAGAAUUUGCUCUUGGGAAAUCUGUAAGGAUUCUAAUAGUUUGUCUAUUAGUGGCCUAAUUUUAUGUAAUUUAUCACAAUUUUGAUCAGUACAUUCAGGUGCUUCAGUAUUAUCAUUUACUUGAAGUUAUCUUACAUAUUUCUUCCCACCUAUCCCUACUCAUUACAUCUGUAACCUGAGUUACUAGAUGCCCAAAACAUGCGAGUCUUUGGAAGACCAAAUACAGACAUGUAAAUAGUAAUUCCAAAAAACUGUUAUAGUUCAAACUGUGAUAACCUUAAUGAUUGAUACAGGAGGACAUUCAGAUUUUGCUGAGUUGCAAAUAAGUUACUUUGGUCAACUAAAUCUCAUUGUAAAAAAUAUUGAAAAUAAUUUACUGACAGUUUGAUUCCUUCUAACAGAAAGAUUCAAGAAAGGACUGUAUAUCAUUAGCACUAUUGUUAGGUUCAACAAGUUGCUUGCAACUACAUCACUGUAAUUGUCUACUUCCUCUUCAGAACCUAAUACUUUCUGCUCCAAUAUUUGUGAUUUUUCAUCAUUCUCAUCGUCACUAUCAGUAAGACAACUGUCAUUUGGUGUCAGUUGUGCUUCAUCAAUAUAUUUGUCUUUUUUUUCCAUCCAAAGUAGAUCUAUAAAAGAAAUAAUUCCACGAAUUAUAAGUCCCAUCCUAUGUACACCAUUGUAUGAAUUAAAGUGUACUUUUGGGUUAUUUGAAAUAAGUAAAAUCUAUUAUUAUGGUAUAUCUAUAACCAUUACAAUAACAGAUUAUAUAUAACGCAAUUUUUGACUGAUGCAAAUUUGCUACAAAACCAUGUAACCUUGAGCCAGAUGUUUUUUUCACAAUUCAUUCAUAAAUAUCAUAUUCAUCUAUUUAUGUAUCAAACAAUUACCAAAUAUUUUUAUUGAAAGCAUUUGCCCUUGAGUUUUUUUUAUAAAUAAUCUAGAAUCUACCUUAGAAUAUAGCCCCAAAUAAAAUAAAUGACUUGCACAAGCAUGGCUAACAUACAGUUCGGAAUGUACUGAUUCACUGUAAUGGUCAAAUGAUUCAAGUUAAGUCUUCAAAAGUUGUAUAAAAAUUAAAAUACAGUUUAUAUCAAAUUAUCCUCACUCAUUGUUAAAGAUAGCUUUUUUUUAAAUGAAGCACCAUGUAUUUUAUUUUAAAUUCAAAAGCUUUACUUCCUCUUUUCAAGAAUACAAAGUUGUUUUGUGUUAUUUUUUAGAGUAUUUUAAAAAGUUAUAAAUUUCAAUGAAAAUCGCACUAAGUUUCAAUAUCAUAGUUUUUUAAGAAUGUCAAAAUUCAUAAACAUGAUUGAUCUCUGUAAUACUAUUUAAAUCUAAUAAACAGUAAGUCAAAACACAAAUUCAUUAUUUGUUCAGUAUUUUCAAUGCAUCACCCUGUAUUUUAUCACUCUUUUUUCUUGAAUGAACCUAAAAACAAACUGCAUUUUAAUGCAAUGUCCUUUUUACAAUUCAAAAUAACUAAAAAUAAAAAAAUUGUAAGAGUAAGUUCACUGUACAAAGACAACUUCUACUAAUCAUAAAUUGAAAAGAUUAAUAGCAUCUUUUGUUUACUCAAACUCUCAAUAAAUUUUAAUAUGCAUAUCUAUAGAUCUUUUGUAUCAAACUGCAAUUUUAAAUGUUUUGGGUUGUUACUUUAUAUGUUGUUACAUGAUUAUAUAAAUGUUAAGAAACUUGGUGUUUUUUAUUCUAAAAUAUCAGAAAAUAAACAUCACAAACAGGAAUUGGGUAAAAAUAACUAUUGCAUAGCAUUUGCAAUGGAGUUUUCUUGCAGAUUGAACUUAAAAAACAAAUGUGUUGGAAAGGCUCACUACUAUAUAAUUUGUGUGAAAUAAGAAGUAUACAGUUUAAGGGAACACAUUGGUUAAAGAAAAAUACAAGAGUGGUCAAUUAUUUC